UCACCGUAUGCAGAUUUACUUUUGUUUUAGUGCUGCUGCAACUCUUUCAAAAGUCUUUUCUUCCCGGCCAAAGAAAAUCAGGUUGUUGGUCAGAUCAAGCUUGAGCCGACCAGUUUAGCCUUCCGAUCAAUGGUUGACCUUCAUCUGAACUUUAAAUGUGGGCCUGGACCAUUAUUUAAUAUAUAAAUCUUUCAGCUCCGUUUCAUACACUGCUGCUCUACAGGCUCACAGUCUACGUUCACCACGUCAUGGGUGUAACAUGUGGCAUUAGCAGGCCUGACUGGACGUCUCUAGAUAGCGAUCAUGACUCAGAGGUGGUCGACGACUAUGACUCCCCUUUGACGGACCUGGAAGACAGUACUGGUGAUAGCAGCCUGGAGGAGACAUUCAGUGAAUCAAGCGGUAGUGAAUACGGCGGAAAGACAUAUCAUAGGAAACAACCCGCAAAAAAGCGUGCCAGGGUAGUUAAAACACUCAAUACCGGUGUGACGCCACCAGCCAGAGCCUCUAGUCGAAAAAAGAAAAUUCUUAGCCUCAUUGUCACUAUGCCGAUUGACAUUCUUCUUGAGAUUUUUGGCCUUUUGGAACCGGCAGACCUUUUACAUCUGUCACGCGCGAGCAAAGCUUUCCGCAAGGUUCUCUUAUCUAAUAAUGCAGUCUCAGUCUGGAAAGCUGCCCGCGUCAAUCGUGGUGGUGUUCCCGACUGUAUGCCUGGCAUGUCUGAGGUCGAAUGGGCCAACCUGCUAUUUGGUGGUUCUCAGUGUUAUGUGUGUAGCACUAAGGGAAUUACGAGAAUAGACUUCGGUAUCAGACGCAGAGUAUGUACCUCGUGCCUCAAGAAAAACCUGGUCUAUAAGUCCAACUUUCCAUCAAGAUUUCCUGACAUUGAUCCGACUGUCAUGGAUUUAAUACCAUUCACUAACAUCGGUGGAUGGGCUCAUGGUCAUGCCAGUGGCAGCAAGUUUUUUUGGUCAGACGACGUGCUGAAAAUGGCUGCUCAGUUGGGAUUUUACCAGAAGGAUGUACACAUGUUUAAGCCAGGUGCCAAGAAAAGGCUGGAAGACUUCAAGCAAUCACGCAAGAUAUAUGUUGAUUCUGUUGUUAAUCAUGCUACGAUGUGUAAUACCUGGGUCAAUAAGGACCGCGAACGUCAUCUAUUGACAAUCACCGGGCUUCGCAGGCAAAAUAAAGAGCUGAUUAAAGCUAGAUUAGUUCACCUCGGCCACGAUGCUAAGGACGUGACACGCAUGUUCGAUCAUCGCGGAUAUGCCGUCAAUAAGGAGCUUACCGAUGCACGGUGGAAACGUCUACUCCCGAGAAUCGAGCGUAAUCUUUUUGAAUUGAAGGAAAAGUGGCGUCUCCAGGACCAAGAAAAUGCAUCGUCUCGACGGAAGAUGGACCUGCUGGAGAUGUAUGGCAACUAUGUGCGGCAGGUGCGAAAGGGCCUUGUACCUCCUUUGGAAUCCUUCUUGGAGCGCAGUGAUGUCAUGGACUUUAUCAAUAGCCCGCCCACUAUGGAACGAGAAAGCGAUAUGAAUGCUUGUCGUGCUUUUGCCGACAAAUUCCCCGAAUUUUGCACUGGGUACACCCAUCAAGUGAAGCUCGCAGCAACGCAACUUCUUGGCCCCUCCACUGGUGUCUCGCAAAAUACUCUAGGGCUACAAAAUCACGGUAUCAGCGCCCCUGACGAGACCUCGCUGCAACUAGCCACUUCUAUUUUCCAAUGCACUUCCUCGCGCCCUUUUCCCCUGAUCACAUGGGACAAAGUGCAGUAUCACAGGUGCCAUUCUCGCUUUUCCUGGUCGCUGAGGACAACAGCUUGCACAUUUUCGAUAUCUCAAUUUGGAAUUACUGCCGCUCGCUCUUUGUUAAGCUUAGUCGGCCUUGAUGCCAAAACUACGACUGCAGCCACAAUGGAUCAGCUCCAGUUUCACUUUUUUUGCUCCAACUGUCCACCCAAGCAAGAGAAAGGAGGAUCUUACCGGAUGGCGAUGGACUGGCGUCGAAGUAUCAUCCAUUACGUCGAGGAUUCGCACGCAGAACCUCGUUGGGAGCUCUUGAGUGCUGCGCAACUUGAAAUGAUUCGAGGCCCGCGUGCUCCCCAAUAUCCUAAAGCUACUGAUUUGGUGUGGUGCUGUAACAAGUGCGAUAGGCAUCACGGAAACCCAGUUAGCAAGGCUGCCGUCAUUGACCAUAUGCGAUGGCAUGGAAUCGCCGCUCCGAAGCAAGGGGUCGACUUUAGCUAUGACCUCGGCCCUGUCGAGCUACCACCAUCAGGAACGAAGUUCUUCGUUACCUCCCCUCACCCGGGCCUACCCAAAAAGCCGCCGACAAAAGACUAUCGAUGCAAACACUGCAAGGGCUCACAACGGAGUUUUAUAUUGGAAGGUGUUAGGCAGCACAUCAAACACAAGCACGAAAUCAGCUCCCCGCGUGAAGAGACAGACUUCCAUCGAAUCUAAGUAAUGCUUCCCCGUUAAUACGUAUCUCCAGCGGUCACGUACGCCGACCGCUAUUUGCAUUACCAGCCCCUAAUGUCUAUGUACUUCGGACUUUCAUCUACUGUCAAAUGAAUGAAACUCGUUGAAUGCUAGGACGACAAUCCAUUAAGUACGUCGUAUACGUAGAUGAUCACCGCCAGAGCAUGCCCACCAGCUCGCUAGCAGGAUA